GGAGCGCAAACACGCGAGGAGCCGCACACGCGGACGGCCACGGGCUGCGAGCCCUGCAUAGCCGCCGCUGCUGCUGCGACUUUCAAACGACGACGCGGCGGGGAGCAGCGGCGGCAUCACCAGCGCGGCGCCCGCUGAUGGAGCGCGCCGGGGACCGGCCUCCUCGAGCGCAAAAGCGGAGUCGCCUGCAGCUUGACAGCGGAUUUUGAUUUUAUUUUUAGCAGGGCGAUCAGGGGGAGGGGAAGAAACCCCCGCGUCCUCUGCCAAAACCGCGGUUGGAUCAUACGCCAGCCCUGUAACACCUCGUCGCCUUUGGGAUUUUACAGACUCAGGUCUCCAAGGGACGGGCUGUCCUUUUCGUGGAGGAAAUACUAAGCGCGGGUCUGCUGCUCUUGCUUCGCGGAUGGUCCAACCUUCGUCCGGAAAAUAAGGGAGGGGGACAGCCGAGUUUCCUGCUUCCAUGCACCCUUCUCCAAGAAGGUUGGCAUAAGUUCAGCGUCGCCGCAGGCACGGGAGUUGCUUUUGCCUCGCCGAGGAAGUUCGCUGCCUUGACAGCGAUUGAGGCUUUACCGAUUGAGCAGGGUCGCGGGGAUCCCGCCUGCCACCCUGAAGCUGGGACACUUCCGCACCAUCCUGGCCGUCGCGCUCUUCCCGGCCGCCAGGUGAGCGAUGACUCAUUCGGGCAUCAUCGCUGCGCCUCCGUCAGAAACAAAAAGCAAAAGGUGCUCCGGGUAGAGAUCCUCCAACAACAAGCCGAACCAGCAGCCACUGUUUCUUUCUUGGCCCCGCAAAAGGGCACUUAAGGGGAAAAAAGUCCAUUUUUGCAAGCGAGACUGUGCUCGUCGCCAGCCGAGGAGGGGGAUCCCUCCCGCUGAUGCCACUGGACCAUGGUUGCUUCCAUGGCCGGAUCAUGAAGUGUUUGACUUUCUUUCUUCUGCUUCCAGAGACCCUCAAGAAGUCCAAAAAGAGCGUCCGGGCCAACGGCAAGGGGCCAGCAUGCUAUGAGAUAGUGCCCCUGGCCCUCAAGAAGAAGAUGGCUGCGGAACUUUAUCCUGCCAGCGCCAACACCAAUCUCGCAAACAGCAAUAACGCCGCCGCCGCCGCCAACAGCAAGAAAAACGCCCUUCAGCUCCAGCAGAGCGCGCAGCCCCCGCCGCCGCCGCCGCUGCAAAACCUCAACAACAACAACGUGGAGAGCGCCAACUGGCAGUCUUUCCACCCCACCCUGCGCGAGAGGAACGCACUCAUGUUCAAUAACGAACUUAUGGCUGACGUGCAUUUCAUUGUGGGGCCCGUGGGGGCAGCCAAGAAAGUUCCUGCUCACAAGUAUGUUUUGGCAGUUGGUAGUUCUGUCUUCUAUGCUAUGUUUUACGGAGAUCUUGCAGAGGUCAAAUCUGAAAUCCAUAUUCCAGAUGUGGAACCUGCAGCCUUCCUAAUCCUAUUAAAGUACAUGUAUAGCGAUGAAAUCGACUUGGAAGCAGAUACCGUACUUGCUACUUUAUAUGCGGCCAAGAAAUAUAUUGUCCCAGCUUUAGCAAAAGCUUGCGUCAAUUUUCUGGAGACUAGUUUAGAGGCCAAGAAUGCUUGCGUUUUGCUGUCUCAGAGCAGACUCUUUGAAGAGCCAGAGCUGACGCAGCGCUGCUGGGAAGUCAUUGAUGCUCAAGCUGAAAUGGCACUGAAAUCAGAGGGCUUCUGCGAAAUAGAUCAACAGACGCUAGAGAUCAUUGUGACACGGGAAGCACUGAAUACGAAGGAGGUCGUAGUGUUUGAGGCAGUUCUGAACUGGGCAGAGGCUGAAUGCAAGAGACAAGGGCUGCCAAUCAUACCAAGGAACAAGCGGAAUGUAUUAGGAAAAGCUUUAUACUUGGUACGGAUUCCAACCAUGACUUUGGAAGAGUUUGCUAACGGGGCAGCUCAAUCUGAUAUCCUAACACUUGAGGAAAGGCAUAACAUUUUUUUGUGGUAUACUGCUGCAAAUAAGCCUAAAUUAGAAUUUCCACUGACAAAGAGGAAAGGACUUGUACCUCAACGGUGCCAUCGAUUUCAGUCCUCUGCAUAUCGUAGCAAUCAGUGGAGGUACCGAGGCCGGUGUGACAGCAUCCAGUUUGCUGUAGAUAAAAGGAUAUUUAUAGCUGGACUGGGAUUAUAUGGGUCAAGUUGUGGAAAAGCCGAAUACAGUGUCAAAAUUGAACUGAAGCGACUAGGAGUUGUUCUUGCCCAGAACCUGACCAAGUUUACCUCUGAUGGAUCUAGUAACACUUUCUCAGUAUGGUUUGAGCAUCCCGUGCAGGUUGAGCAAGACACUUUUUACAACGUAAGCGCCAUCUUGGAUGGCAAUGAACUCAGUUAUUUUGGACAAGAGGGGAUGACUGAAGUACAGUGUGGGAAAGUGACGUUCCAGUUCCAGUGUUCCUCAGACAGCACCAACGGCACAGGAGUACAAGGAGGACAAAUACCUGAACUAAUUUUCUAUGCAUGAUGCAUUUCACUUAGAUUGUAUUUCAGGACGGCUUUACACAUUGAGGGAUGGUAUUGACUUGACUGAAAAGUCAGAGUGCUAAAAAUGUUAUGCUACUUACCUAUCUACUUACCUUACCAUCAGGCUAUCCAACUAAGUGAAGGAAUGCUCUUGAGUUUAAUCUUAUUUUAUUUAUUCAUAAACUAUUUCACUUAAUUAUUAAACUGCAACAUGCAGAAGUUGGGAGGGAAUGUUUAAAAUUUUUUGCACAUGAUGUGCAUUUAUUUUGUAUAUAGAUAACUAACUUGCAGACUGCAGCUGACUCAAACAGAAUGUUCUAAAGUAGAGCGGUUUGAGAUCUGUUGAAUAUAAAACAUUUUUACUUGUCCUAAAUACCUGUGUGCUUGGCUGAUUACAGAUCUUCUAUCACCUGUUUUUACAUUAUGUUUGCAGAAACUCUGACACCUGGAUGGUUCUGUUUUGUUUUUGGUAAAGGCCAACCUAAGGCUAUACUUCCACACCCACUGACAUACCCUUGAGUUCUCUAGGAAUGUAAGAUUUAGGCCUGUAUAACUGAGUGCAAGAUUACACCGCAAAGGGAAAAAAACACUUCUUCCUUACCUCUUCCUCCAUUGGCAUUGCCAGCCUUCAUCGUGUUGUGUCCACUACAAAAUAAAAUUUUCUUGAGGUGGGAGUGUGCAAACUUAAGAUGCACAGAACUUUUCAGAGGUGUCUAACUAAAAUGUCUGAACUCUGAAAGAACUCUGUGGAUCCCUUUUAGGCUCCUCUACCAACAAUAUAAAUAGCCCAAAAUAUAUUUAAUAUCUCAAUCCUAUAAAGUAAGGGUAGGCGACUCCAUGCCCUCCAGAUGUUUUGGGCUACAACACCAUUAUCUCUGACCAUUGGCCAUACUGGUUGGGACUAAGGGAAGUUGUUAUUUGCCGCACCUUAUAUUAAUUUUUUUGCUUUUUUAAAAUGUAAUGACGUGUACACUGUCUUUCCCAAGAGCAAGGCACUUCUGAACACAGCAGGAUUAUUUAUGAAUAAACAAACACACACUUGUUAAUGUAGGUAGAACUUAAAUGCAGUUAACUUACAUUUUAGUUAAGAAGACUGACCAAAACUGUUCCUCAUUUGAUACGGAGUUUACAAAACACUAACCCCCAGACAGGUGCUGUCAGCUAAUCAAUUGAAUAUAUACCUCUAGAGAAGGCCUAAACUGACAGGCAAGAAAUUGAAAUGAUACCUCUCUAUUUUACAAUCACUGGAAAACAGAAAGUUGGGUAACUCAGUGGCUCCAUCUUUUCAUUCAUGUAAACUGACUUGGAACAAUUAAGGGAUAUGUAUCUCUUUUUUUCUGAAUUGCCUUGACAACCAUAAUACCCUUAAUCUAAAUAAUUCUACAUCUUAAAUAUUUGCCAUCACUGAAAGGUUUUCAGAAUAGGAUGUGCUAAAAACUUUAGCAAGGUGCAUUGAAUUAUUACACUAAUACACUUAAUGUGUACGUCAGCUAGGAAAGCAGUACCAGACAUCUAAAGAACGUCACAGCAAGUUCUGAAUAUUUUGUGAUGUGGCACAGCAGAUAGCUGUUGAAGAAAAGUUGUAGUUGAUCUGAGCAAAGUAACUAUUGGAAACAUGGGUACCAUUUUUGCCAAUUCUGACAAACCAUAUUUCAGUCCAUGAUCACCGUGAAUAAGAGGACAAAAGCAAGUAGCUGAACACCUUUUGAAAUCAUUUGUUAUUGUGCUGAACAAUUCUUGUGUGUAAGAUAAAUACAAUGCUAUAGUGAUACUAUAUCAGUAAUGCAGCAUUCCUGCCCAGUCUCAAAAACACAACAAAGCAAAAUGUCGGUAUGUUUUUAAAGGUUGUACUGCUAUAGUGCCAUUUAAGUCAACCAGAUGGAGAACAUGAGCUAAUUUUUCAAUUGUAUCUGAAAUAAAUUGGGUAUUUGAUGAUACCAAAAACAUAAUAGCCUAAAAAUAAUAAUAAUAAGCUGGCUUUUGGACUUCACUGGUUCAGAUCCCGCCUCUCGCCAGCCUGUCCUAGGCCAGGGGCUUGUAACUUGUGGCCCACCAAUGAUUUGGCCCUCACAAUGCCCCUCCCUGCCUUAGGCAUACCAGUCUCUCCUCUGCACCUCUAGCUGUAGUUUAUCUGGGACUAAUACCGGCCUACUUUAAGGGGUUGUUGUAAGUUUACUCAUAUAAUGUAUGUGAACUAGUUUGGAAAUUAAACUGUUAUAUAAAAGUAUUAUUCAAUAGAUGUCAAAAUGAGUUAUUAUCAGACUUGUUUUAGACACUUAGAGAAGUGCCUUGAUUAAAGUUGACUGACUUGCUUGUAAAAAGUAAAUGCAGAUAAAUUUUGCUCAUUAGCCAAAAGGUGUAUGGCGAUUUAUCCAAAGUAACAAGCACAUCUGUAUAGGGAGUUAGUACUACUGAUGCUAUGACACCAAUAAAAAGCAUUGCUGACUGAGUAUA